AUUGCCUUCCGUUUCCAUAAGUUUGCUCGCCGAACGAUUCCCCCUUUCCUCGCUUGCUCAAAUUCACCGAGAUGGCGCUGCACGUGCCGAAAGCCCCCGGUUUUAUGUCUAUGUUAAAGGAAGGUGCAAGAUAUUUUGAAGGCCUUGAAGAAGCUGUAUUUCGGAAUAUUGAGGCGUGCCUCGCACUUUCUAAAACAACGCGCACCACUUUCGGGCCUGCCGGUCAAAAUAAAAUCAUAAUAAACCAUAUUGGCCGUCAAUUCGUUACCAAUGACGCAGCUACAAUCUUGAAAGAACUUGAGGUUGCACACCCUGCUGCAAAGAUAAUGGUUAUGGCGUCUCAGCAGCAAGAGCAAGAAGCUGGAGAUGGGACAAAUUUUGUUUUCCAGUUAUCCGGUGCAUUGCUCGAACAAGCCAGGGACCUCAUUCGAAUGGGCUUAUCCGUAACUCAAGUCACCGAAGGCUAUGAAAUUGCCAGAAACAAAGCCCUGGAAAUCCUUGAUGAUCUGGUUGUCGGCAGCGUUUCCGAUCUACGAGACUUUGAAAGUGUGAAGAAGGUAGUGAAAACAUCUGUUAUGAGCAAGCAACUGGAGUUAGCUGAAUUUCUCUCGGAUCUUAUCACCAAGGCCUGCAUUUCUAUCCUUCCUCAAAAGUCUCAUUUUAACGUUGACAGUGUUCGGGUUUUAAAAGUCCUAGGAUCAGGCGUCAAUAGCUCUCACCUUGUCCGUGGAAUGGUUUUUGUCCGUGAGAGCGAAGGUGAAGUCAAGGAGGUGCAUAAUUGCAAGAUCGCUAUAUUCUCUUGUCCGGUUGAUUCGCUGCAAACCGAAACAAAAGGCACGGUGCUUUUAACUUCUGCCGAGGAGUUGACACAAUUUAGCAAGGGCGAAGAGGAUAUCAUGGAAAAGCACAUUCAAGGCAUUGCCGAUACAGGCGCUAAAGUAAUCGUGAGUGGUGGAAAGGUCGGCGAGCUAGCUUUGCACUACGCCAAUAAAUUCGGCCUUAUGGUCGUCCGGUUAAGCAGCAAGUUUGAUGUCCGUCGUCUCUGCCAAGCUACCGGAGCCACCGCUUUGCCUCGUCUGACAGUUCCUACUGCCGAGGAGCUGGGUUAUGUGACGCACGUUCGCACAGACGAAAUUGCCAACGCACGUGUCGUCAUAUUUGAGCAAGAUGCCCACGAAGGUUCAGUUGUAACAAUUCUCGUACGCGGAAGUACCGAUAACAUAAUGGAUGAUGUAGAACGCGCCGUUGAUGACGGUGUCAACACUUUCAAAUGCCUGACGCGAAGUCCAAAACUUGUCGCCGGUGCAGGUGCUGUGGAAAUCGAGCUUGCUCGCCGCCUCUUAGCAUUCGCUGAUACCCUAACAAGUCUAGAUCAGUAUGCUGUUCGUGAGUUUGCCAGGGCUUUCGAAGUCACUGUUCGUGCGUUGGCAGAAAAUGCAGGCGAAAAGAUAAUCAUGGCUCGUCCUGCUGGCGGUCCAAAGCCACGUCAACCUGGGGCUCCCGACGAGGACUGA